UGAGCGAGAUUGUGCAGGUGCAGGCGGCGUGGGGCGCGUGGGCGGGCAACAGCAAGGGCACCACUGCUUGCUCUGCGUGGCCUGGCGUGACAUGCAGCCCUAACGGACUGGUCAUCGCAUUGGAUUCAAAGGCCGUGGCGGUGGAUGGCAGCGCCGCCAUACCUGCCUCCAUCACCAACCUCGCUGCUCUGCAGUACCUAGAUCUGACAAACGACAAGCUGAUGGGGCCCGUCCCAUCUCUUGCAAGUCUCUCCAGGCUCACUCUCCUAGCCAUGGGAGCAGACGGCAGCCAGCUGACUGGCACCUACGAGGAACUGGCCUGGCUCUCCUCCCUCUCCAACCUGCAAACGCUGCAUAUACUUGGUUUGGUGGAAUUCACGGGGAGCUUGUCCUCUCUGCACAUUCUCUCUCGUCUGGAGAAACUUCAAAGCCUGACACUCAGUUCGCUCACCAAUGCCACGGGGGAGAUACCCAGGGAGAUCCGAUACCUCACAGCCCUCACUGCACUUGAUUUGUCGUUCCUGCGGGCCUUGGAGUUCCCUGCCUGGGUGACUCACCUCUACAACCUUCAGUAUCUCAACGUGAACGGGGAUGAGCCGCGGCGGCAGGGGCUGUUGUCUGAUGACAUCUCGCACCUCACCGCACUCACCAGCCUAUCUCUCUUUGGAAACAACCUGGAGGGAUACGUGCCUAAGAGCUUCUCAUCUUUCCUGAACCUGCAAUACCUGGCUUUAAAUUACAACCAUCUUCAAGGCACCAUCCCCGCCACCCUCUCUGCCCUAACAGCCCUCACUGCAAUAGACCUCUCAUGGAAUUAUCUGUCUGGUUCCAUCCCGCGUGCCUUCACCACCAACAUCCAAAGCAUAUCACUUGGCUACAACGCCUUUAGUGGCCCCAUUCCGCCUCACCUUGCACUGCCGCAACUUUCUUUCCUGCAGCUGGCCAGCAAUGAGUUCACGGGCGGUAUUCCCACCACCUUCACCCGGCUCACCGCCAUGAGUGUGCUGGACGUUUCCAACAACAGUCUGAGUGCAGGCCUGGACGUGGUGGCUCAGAUGACAUGGCUCACUGACAUAAGCCUCCACACCAACAGCUUCUCCGGGGUGCUUCCAGCAGUCCUCUCUGCCAUCACAGGGCUCAACUUCAUAACCAUCGCCAACAACCACAUCACGGGAGUAUUUCCCCAGUUUCUUCUGCACAUCCACCACCUUUCAUAUCUGGAUCUGAGCAACAACAGCUUCUCCGGAUCCAUUCCCCUGCAAUUGACCGAGCUACUGGAGCUGGUAACCAUCAAUCUCAAUGACAACAACUUCCAUGGAUCAAUCCCCUCUGGCGUCUUCCACCUCCCCAUACUUAACACUCUGGAAGUGUCAAACAACUUUCUUUCCGGGAACCUUCCAGUGAAGCUUAGAGCCUCCUCCACACUUGCCACGCUUAGCCUUGCAGGAAACGGCUUCACAGGCUCCCUGCCAGACUUCUCGCUCUGGAAGGGCAACUUUGAAACGCUGGCGCUGAGCAACAACAACUUCACAGGGCCCAUUCCUGACUCCAUCUCCACGCUCUCCACUCUGCAGGCCAUCAUCCUCGACAGCAACCAACUGACGGGAACCAUUCCAGCUGCCAUCUUUAACAUGACGAACCUACAAUCUCUCUAUCUGGCCAACAACCGUCUCAGCGGCAGUCUGCCGUCUGCCAUCAGUCGCCUGGAGAAGCUCCAACAGAUCUGGCUGGACAACAACAGCAUCGAGGGCCCUCUGCCAUCCGCCAUCUGCUCGCUGCCCUGGCUGUGGCGCAUCAUGGUGAGCAACAACCAUCUCUACGGGCCUCUGCCAGACUGCCUCUUCGACAAAUGCGUCAACCAGAUCGAUGUGAGCAACAACAGCCUGUACGGGCGCAUCAACCACGACUUCAACAGCAUGGUGGCGGACGGCGACGCGCUCAUCAACCUCGCACACAACUUCUUCUAUGGCGACGCCGUGCUCUUUGCCGCGAGCUGCCGGGUGUGCCCCGAGGAGAUCUCCCAGCGCAACCAGCUGCAGCUCAGGGACAGCAGCGUGGGGGUGGCAGGGAAGUGCAGCGACGCCGGCUUGAAUGGUCAGCGUGACUACUCGGUGGCGGGGGCAGGCAAGGGCGCCAGGGGGAGUCUCGCAGGCAACUGUCUGACCCUCAAACGGGAUGUGAAGUGCCCGUCCAACGCCACUCAGCGCAGCACGGCAGCCUGCCAGGCGUUCUGCAGCAUCACUGACAACGGCCCGUGUGACGGCCAUGGGGCGUGCGUGCCGCCUGCACCGGCCGCCCAGGCCAACUUCACAUGCAUGUGCGAUGCCGGGUACUCCUCCGUGGACCUGGGCAACGGCUCCACCUGCGCCAUCCUCAACUCCACCACCACUGCUGUGUCGUCGCUGUCAGCAGGUGCAAUCGUGGUCAUUGCUGUGGGGUGCUUUGCCGGGUUCACUCUGCUCACUGCUGUGCUCGCCUGGCUACUGUGGCCCCGUGGACAAAGGAAGUGGGAGGGGCUGGACCUGUGCGAGCAGUUCACACUGCAGCAGCUGGUGAAGGCCACGGACAACUGGGCGCCUGAGAACGUGCUGGGGAAGGGCGGGUUUGGCACCGUGUACAAGGGGUGCUCGACGCAGGGGCUGCCGUGGGCAGUGAAGCGCUCCACUGUCAUGACCAACGACUUUGAGACCGAGGUGCGCGCCAUGGCAUCGCUGCACCAUGUGAACCUGGUGCGCCUGCUGGGCUUCUGCCAGGACCAGAACGUGGAGACGGGCAAGCAGGAGCAGAUCCUCGUGUACGAGUUCGUGGCCAACCGAGACCUGCACCACCACAUCUACAAGACCAAGCACCCUCUCUCGCUGCGCCAAAGGCUGCGCCUGGCGCAAGGAGCAGCGGAGGGCCUGGCGUACCUGCAUGGGUUCGCGACGCCCAUCAUCCACCGCGACAUCAAGCCCGCCAACAUCAUGGUCUCAGCCGACAUGCACGCCAAGGUCGCCGAUUUUGGGCUGCUCAAGCAGCUCACUCACGGCGAUGCUCAUGCCACCAGAGUGGCGGGCACACCCGGCUAUGUGGACCCUGACUACAACCGCACUGGCGUCAUCACGGCCAAGAGCGAUGUCUACAGCUUCGGCAUUGUGCUCCUGGAGUUGCUGAGUGGAAGGCCACCCAUGUCUCACCGUGGAACACAUAUGAAGAUCUGGGCGCAGCAGAGGGUGGAUGCAUAUGAGUUGGACGAGCUCAAGGACAGCAAGCUGCAGGCCAGUGACGAGGCCGUGGUGGACUUUGCUGACCUGGCGCUGGACUGCAUGAAGGCGCCCGGCACACGCCGCCCUGACAUGAAGGAUGUGGCAUACCGCCUCCGUGCCCUCAUUGACAAGCACUGCCCUGACAAGGAGGAAGAGUGGGAGCGUAGUAGAGAAGAGAGUGUAAGCGCCAGAGAGGAGUCAUCUGCCACGACAGAUUCUGCUGUCGGGAGCUGGCUGUCACUGGGCUCAAGUUCCAAUGGUAUCAAGAGCUGGCAGUCACUGGGGUUCUCUUGGGGUUACUGA